AUGGACAUACUUGAAUCUCUUGAAGAAAACUGUGAUUAUUGUUUUGUCAACUACGUUACUGAUGAACACAUCCAGUAAAAAAAAAGUGUGUGCCAUCUAAAGAUGUCCCUUUCAUGACCAAGAACUGGAAGAAAGCAAUCAGGGACAAGAGAAAGGCAGCAAAAACAUAUGCAAACAACAGUACUGAGGAGAAUGGGAAAUGA